AUGUCGGCUUCGCCAGCGGAGGGAUCAGAUGAGUGGAAGGCUCAGGACAAAGGGCCAAUCAUCGUUAUCGUCUGCUGGAUUGUCACGGCCAUCAGCACUUGCUUCGUCUUCGGUCGUGUCUACGUGAGGGGGAAGAUAAUGAAGAAGUUCCAGAGCGAUGAUUGGUUCAUCAUCUUAGGAUUGUUCUGCGGUUACAUCUCAACGGCUUUGUCUACGAUCGCAGUCACCUACGGAAACGGAAGGCACAUGUCCCUAUUAUCGACCGAGCAGCAGCAGGGAGCCAUUCUCUGGACUACGGCAGCUUUCUGCCCUGGUAUCAUGUCCUUCGGUCUCCCCAAACUAGCUGUUGUCUCCUUGUUGGUUCGACUGAUGAACCCUGACAGAUAUCAUAAGUGGUUUUUAUGGUGGCUGGGGAUUUGGUGCCAGUUGACGCUGUUCGUGACGGCUGGUCUCCUACUUGGACGUUGCAUGCCGGCCAGGUCCUUGUGGGACUUUUCUGUCAAGGGCACCUGCUUUGAUGUCAAUAUUCUGGUGGCCUAUUGCAUUUAUGCGGGAUCUUUUUCGGCCUUUGUCGAUGUAUACCUCGCUGUUUACCCGGCAAUUGUACUAUUCCGCCUUCAGAUGGCCACAAAAAAGAAAAUUGCGCUUUCUUGUGCGCUAGGCAUCGGGUCAAUAUCUGGUAUCGUUGCUAUUUACAAGACGACUCGCAUCCCGUCCCUUGCGAGCAAGGAUUUCUCAUGUGGGGCCCCGCAUUUCCUGUUGAAUAAGUUGAUAGAUCUUACUGAUCUUUUCCGCAUAGACGAUACCUCUGAUCUGGUGAUCUGGACAGUGAGGCUCACAGGAAGAAACACCUUACUGAAUUUGGAUUCCGGUAGUGUCGAGGGCAGCACCAUCAUUAUCGCAAGCUCAAUACCUGUCAUGCAGCCGCUUCUUGAGCUCAUUCUUCGACGCAACCCCUUCAGCUCGGCUAAGGGAUCCAAACAAACGCCGCAAUACUAUGAGGACUACGGCUCUCAGAGCAAGUCAAAAUCUCGGGGAGGAGGAGGUAUUGAGCUGGGACAGCGCAAGCCAAAAAUCAAACCCAAAGAUGAACUUGGUCUCACCAUUGUCGAGGGCGACAGCCAGGAGAAUAUCCUUACGCCAGCAACCGACUCAAACCAGGGCAUAUCAGCUUCUUUAAAUGCCCCAACUCUCACAUCCAGACAAAGUGACUCAAGUCAGCGUCCCUCUGACGGAAAGAUUAUUCGGACCGACUUCGUGAGCGUUACUUGCGAGGAACAAGGUCCGGUUCGCGAUAUAUCGGCUUCGAGCCGAUGGAGAGCCGUCUAG